AUGUCAAAGGACAUCAUAGCCCAGAACUGGGACUACAAAGUAUUCAGUGUGCCGAAUUUCUACUGCAGGUGGACCAUAGAUAACUUCUAUUUUAUUUUAGAGAAAAGGCAGGAAAGCAUUAGAAGCCCAAGUUUCUCAACAGGAGACAAUGACAAGUGGUGUUUGAGAGUUCACCCGAACGGGACCGAUGAAGAAAGCUCAGACUACCUGUCAGUUAACCUGGAGCUACUCAGCUCUCCAAAGAGUGCCCUGAUUGCACAGUUCCAGUUCUGGAUCAUCAAUGUCAAAGGAGAAAAAACAGAAAUUGUCACAAGUCCAAAAUGCUUUAGGUUCCGGCCAGGCUAUGAAGGGGGCUACAAAAUGUUCAUCCUUAGAGAUUUUCUCUUGGACCAUAAUUAUUGGCUUCUCCCUGAAGACAAACUCACCCUCUUCUGCAGAGGAAUCCAGUUCCCAGACUCCAACACAAUCUCUGAGGAAACCACAAAGUCAGAGAUCCAGGUUCCAAGGUGCACGUUGGCAGAUGAGCUAGGAGAACUGUGGAAGAAUUCCAGCUUCACAGACUGCUGCCUGGUGGUAGCUGGCCAGGAAUUCCGGGCUCACAAGGCCAUCUUAGCUGCUCGCUCUCCAGUUUUCAGAGCCAUGUUUGAACAUGACAUGGAGGAGAGCAGAAAUAAUCGCAUUGAGAUUCAUGACCUGGAACCUGAAGUCUUCAAGGCAAUGAUGGGCUUCAUUUACACCGGGAAGGAACCAGAUCUCCACAGUAUGGCAGAUGCUGUGCUGGCAGCUGCUGACAUGUAUGGCCUGGAGCAUUUGAAGGUCAUGUGUGAGAGUGCCCUCUGCAGGGACCUCUCUGUGGAGAAUGCUGCCCACACUCUCUUCCUGGCUGACCUCCAUAGCACGGAGCAACUGAAAACUCAGGUCCUGGAUUUCAUUACAGCUCAUGCUUCCGAGGUCUCUGAGACCUCAAGUUGGAAGACAAUGGUGGAUUUAUACCCCUACUUGGAGGCUGAAGCAUACAGCACCCUUGCUUCUCCCCAAUGCUCUUACUGUAGUCCCCCCUAA